CCUACCUCCCCCUCCUAGAACCCCGUCAACAGUUACACCACCGCCUAAACCGAAGAAAAUGAGGGAACCCAAGGUACUUCAUCGGCCUCGGCCAGCUUCUAAACCUCCCACCCCUGUGCAAUUACCAACUCCAACCCCACCUCCCAAACCUAAGCUUGUUCGUAAGAUUCCUUUCCCUGGCUCCCGUCUCCUGCGUAAACUCCGCCACAUAUUUUAUGCUGCAUGGUUUAUAGCUUUCCUCAGAGCCGAGAUGCGAAAGAAUAAAGGAAACAAGCCCAAUGAAAAGUUCAUCUUUGGCAUUCAGCUGAAAGAGGCGGUGGCGGCUUUACAUAGAAUAUACCUCAACCCUGACGGUAACAUCUACCUGAUCCUUAGUGAUAUGGUCGGGGAGGGAGCACCUGAUCUAUAUGUAGAGGACAAAGGGCGGUUUGGAACUAGCCCUGAAGAUAAGCAAAAUAUCCAGGAGCUCACCUACAUUGUGGAGAAUUUGACUUAUCAUAUUACGGAGAUCAUGCCUGCCACUGGUGUGCUUGGGACGCACAAGAAAGCCGCCAUCUUUGAACUGAUCAAAGAAGGCAAGGAGUUUCCAGCCGGAUAUUUCUGGCAGAUGGAAAGGGACCAAUUGGAGUUUGAUGAAAAUGAUAAAAUAACCAACGUCACAGACGCAAGGGCGUUCUUCCUGUUGAUUGGGAUAUUUUUGUCUCGAAGUUUAGUGACCACGCUACUGAUGAAGCCCCUGGACUACGGUUUGUCCACUACUGUCCUGUCAGAGGUCGGAGAGAGGAACCUCAAGCUGCUGGCCACUAUUAUAGUCUAUUUGAUACGCGUGGUGGCGGUGCCGAGGAAACAGACACCAUUGCCAAUACCGUACGAAAUAUCAAAGUUUCUGUACACUGAUGAAGAGAUGAAAUUCAUACUGUCCAAACUGAAGAAAAGUUUAGAUUAUGCAGAGGGUUUGCUGAGAGACUGGGGUGAAGAAUAUGUUAAACGACUUCGAGCUGCUGGCCCUACCAAGAAGGAAGGAUAAACGUUGACCUGGAUUUUCAGUAGCAAUCGUUCCAAAAUGUUCGUUGGUGAUUUGGACGCUUGGAUUCACCGUUUGGAGGUCAUAAACAAAAGAGACGCGCAACACCCUUCAACUAAACAAUGUCCGAUUGCUUUCUUUCCGCCAAAAAUCAACUUCAUCACGAGCCUACACAUCGUCAUAGCAGAAAAUAUCUGUGCUGAUUAUCAUUUUUCGGGAAACAAUGUAACAAAAUUAUGAGGUGUUUCUUUAAAUUAUGAGGUGUUUCGUUAAGUGAGGGCAUUUGGACGAGUUAAGUUACAAUG